UGCUCGCUCCCGGCCGCGGAGAGGGACUCUGAGGAGCGGUAGGACCCAGUGCGGCUGCUCUGGCCUUGGGUCCUAUGGGGACUGGGAGUUGCUUUUAAUGGGCUUUGGGGGUCUCUGGUCCCAUCGGGUGGUGUCACGAAGUGAGGCUCCUGGCGGCCCCGUCUCGGAAACACCUAUAAAGGAGAAAAUGAAAAAGAGAAAAAGUCAGUGGUGUUAAUGGAGCCUGUGUCCAAGUGGAGAAAUGUCCAUGGCCACAAUCCUCUGGGUCUGAUGUACCGUGAUGCUUGUCGAUGGGGCCUCACACUGCAGACAUACGUGCAGCUCACCAUGCUGGGCCAACACACUAGUCCUCAGAUGUCACCUGUACGACUGAUGGAGAGGUCGAUUCAUAGUGCAAGAUACGUUUUUGUAGAAAACCUGUAUAGAAGUGGGAAGAUGCCUGAAGUGGACUAUGUGAUUCUGUCUGAAUGGUUUGACUGGAUUGUGAAGAACAUCAGCAUCUCUGUUGACCUAAUAGUUUAUCUCCGGACCACUCCUGAGACCUGUCACCAGAGAUUAAAGAUGAGAUGCAGAGAAGAAGAGAAGGUCAUUCCACUGGAGUACCUGGAAGCCAUUCACCACCUCUAUGAGGAGUGGCUGGUCUCAGGAAGCCUCUUCCCUGUGGCAGCCCCUGUUCUGGUGAUUGAGGCUGACCACAGCAUGGAGAAGAUGUUACAAGUAUUUGAACAAAACCGGGCCCAGAUAUUAGCACCAGAGAAUUGGAAGCAUGGCCCUUAGGAUGGGCGAGGUCUGUGGGAUCACGCCAGAAACAUGCCCGUAGCUGCCGAGUCAGCUGUUAGGAACAAUUUAGAAAAAUCUGCUGUUACAAGGUCUUUUAUCUGGCCAGAUCUAGUUUCCUGAUGGUCCUUUCUCCGUAGCCAGUGUCUCUGUCAUGGGUCUGUGGCCCUUGUGGGUAGAUGACAAAUGGGACCAGUGUGUUUGUCGCCCUUUAUUGUGUGUAGCCUGGCAGUCUCC